AUGAAUGAUGAUCUAUGUUCAAACUUUGAUUUUUUGAGGGAGUGUUUACCUGAUGAAUUAGGUGAUAAAUCAAAAUCUGAACUUGAAAAAAUUAAAGAUUACGAAAAGUACUGCCCUAAUAGAAACUGUAAUAGUGAGCUCGAUAAAAUUACGGUUGGAUUUUUAUGGUUACUUACACAAUAUUUUACUAAAUACCCAAUUAAAGGUAAAAAUGAAUAUAAUACUGAACCAUUUUUUCGAUAUAUUAAUUUAUGGUUAAGUUACAAAUUAAAUAAAAUCACAGAGAAGAAAUUCAACACAAUAAACGAUUUUUAUACUGAAUAUGUAAAUGGUAGUAAUAAAUAUAAUAAAUUUAAAGAAGAUUCCAAUAAAUUUACAGGUUUUAGUGAAUUCAUAGAUAGACAAAAAGAUUUGUUUAAUAUUAAUAUUAAAGAUCUGUCUAAAUUUUAUGAUGCAUCCAAAUUAAUAUGUAAUAUGUAUGGUAAUUUUGCAAAGCAUAUAAACGAGGAUGAAUUGUUAAAUAAUGCGAUUGAAUUUGUUAAAAAAUAUCAAGAACUUGAUGGAGAUUCUAAUAAUACUAAUGACAGUGUAUGUAAACAAAUAUUGUCUGAUUUAUCGACUGAUUAUGCUAAUUUAAAAAGUAAACGUAGCGAUAUUACAUUUCUUCCAGAGAUAACAGCAAACAUUUCUGCACUAAGAUCUAGAGAUACAUCAUCAAGUUCGUCGAUAGGAAACAAAUUAUUUACAGUUUUAUCGAUAUUUGGUGCAAUAGCAUUUUUUUUAGGAAUUUCUUAUAAGUAUUCAUUAUUUGGAUUUCGGAAACGAGCUCAAAAACAAUAUUUAAAAGAAAAAAUUAAAAAAAUAAAGAAGAGAAUGAAUCAUUAA